GAAGCUUGACUUCCUUUGUGAAUCAAUAAUACAGAGUAUCUGAAAAGAAAAGUGUACUAGUAUGGAAGGUAGUAAAAUUAAUAAUUCUUAUUGUUUCUAGAAGAUUGGAUUUCGUUUAUGGAUCUACUUGCUUUAAUUCGUAUGUUGAAAAGGUUUCAUGAACUUUUGGUCUCGUUUCUGCAACGAUCGUAAUUUGAAGAUGUACUUUCUAGUAAAACCAAAUUCAUUAUGUCUAUAAAAAUAAGCAUGAACAAUAAAUGAUGGAUUCGUUCCUUUGGAUAAUUGAACAACGAGAAUAUUCCAUAACGCUUUAAAGUGGAACUUUCUGAGAGGAACGAAAAAAAGAAAAAAGAUAAAAAUAAUACACGUCUGUUCAAAUGCAAAAUUCAUCUCAUUCAUGGCAAAUGUCAUCUUCGAGCUUCAAGGACAAACCGAUUUUGUCAUUUGAUCAAACAAACAAAUAAACGUACAAAUAGAAGCCGCCGUAUCUACUUAGAGCCAGAGAUGGACGAAGAUGGAGUGUCCCCUUCACUGGCAAUGCCUUCUUCAGAAUCGGAAUCAGCAUUAUUGGAUGGGUGAAGAACAGCUCGAAAUUGUUGGAUAUCUUGAACGAUCUUUUCAAAAUUCUCUCUUCUGUGAUUCCAUUGCAGCUCGUAAUCUUUAUUUUCCUUCUCUAAUUCCUGAAUAGCACUUUCUAAUUUUGCAAUGGAUCUAUUAUCAAUGGUUAAUGGAUAUCGUAAUUGGAAAGCAACGUAAUUUGGCACAUACUCUAAUUGUUCAUUCCUCGAACGUAAUCCUCUUGCCAUAAUAGGCUUUGCAAGAUCAUCAUAUUCUUCUUGUUUUUUCUGUUCCUGCUGCGCAAGAAGUAAAUCUUGCUCCAAGUGUGAAAUUCCUUCAUUCUCUUGCUCAUAAUGUUGCUCUUUACCUCCGUUAGAUAAAUCUCAGAAGAAAUAAGAUUAUUACGUACGGGUUUGUUUCAAUUCAUCCUGAUAGAGAUUGACUUCUUUGUUGUGAGUGUCCAAUUGCAUUUGUAGACGAAGCCAAAAGGCAGACAUGGCAGCAAACUCUACGUCCAAAUUUUUUAGACUUGCUUCAUCAGACAUCUCGUUUGUGAAACCCAAGCAGCGGUUGAUCAGGCGCCGUAAAGGCCUUUCUUCAACAUUUAAACGCGAACGAAUUGCAGCUUCUGCUCUUGUUAACCAUGAAUUCGUAUGAAAAGAUAAGUUUUACCCUCCAUUUCAAAAAUAAACUAGUAAAUUUAAUAAAUUGAAAGAUGCAAACGAAAAAGAACGUCCAAACUUUGGAGUCGGUGACUAUUUUCGGUGAAGUAGAGACUCCACCGAAGUAUAUCUAGGAAAAGCAAAAGCAAAGUCUAACGUUUCGCUAGAAACGCCUUUUUUUUGCUUAAUAAUGUAUUUACCAUUAUUCCAACAAACACCUGUGAACGUAUUUGUCUUUGAAAAUGUUGAGAAUGCAGAGAAAAUGCGUCAAGAACUCAUUGGCAAAAAUCCUGUAUAUGAUUAUGCCUUCAUUGACGCUUCUAGUAUUGUAUCCGUAAAGCAGAUUUAUAGUGCUAUUAUGCGUGCUUUGCAAGCUCAAUUGGAUGGACAAAUGAAAUCAAAGACAUUACAUACAGAAGUCAUUUUAUCACUGAGUCCUAAAACAGAGAUUUCCAGCGCUUUACGUCAAUUUGGCAUGAGUGUAAAGUCCACAAAGGUCUUGGUUGUGAAGAUCAACGGCACCCUUUCAGAGGCUGAAGAAGAGGCACACGUAGACGAAAUUGUUCAAGGCGCUCGUCUUUCUUUUAGUGAUGAAACAUUUCAAAAACUAGCUGACAUGAAGGUGAUAAAAAAGAACUACAAGCUCGACGCCGCUGCUAUGCAGCAACCCUUAGGUGCCAUCUUGUCUGCUAUUGCUUUACGAGGUUACUCUUAGUUUUGUACUUGAAGCUUUACCUAUAGAAAGGUGGAUUGCAAUUUAAAAUGACCUCUAAAACGGAAACCUUUAUACUUUUAUUUAACUAUAUCUUGUGUGAUUUGUACCUGCGCUGACUGUUCUUUCCUCAGUAAAGCUUUUGCGCGCAAAAUUUGGGAGUGUUCGUUAGGAGACAGAAGAUUGGAACUAAAUGGGAAAAACAAAAAGAAAAAAGAAAGGAUAGCAAGAAGGUUUAGCUGUCUAUGCAUAAUUUGUUUGACAGUUUCUUUACUUUAUGUUAUUUUAUACAAUAACCACCUUCAAUUUUUUUUUCUUCUUGUAAAUUAGAAUUUUCUUAAUGAAAUCUAUCUAAACUAUUGUUUGUAAAGAG